UUCAUAUUUUUCACAUUUUAAAAUUUGUUCGUAUUAAUUUUGGGAACUGAGUUCCUGAAAUUUGUUUUUCUAUAUUUUUUUGCAAAUAUAUUCUGCAGUAUUUCCAAUAUAAUAUUGAAAAGCCGUAAGUACAUUUUUCUCCAUUUGGAAACAAGGAGAAAUUGUCGAUUGUUUCAAUCCGGUGCACCGUCGUGCUUUAGCUGCCCGGUUACCCCGGUAUGAUCUCAUUGCUGCGCCCGGGCAUGCAUCACUUUCGCUCUCACCGGCGAUUAUUGUGUAAACAUACCUGCUUCCAUCAUUAAUCAAGUGGCCCCUGGCUUUAUGAUCAUCCGGUCAAAUUUCUCUCUCGACUGAGCGCUUCUGUUUCUCGUUGUCUCCCCUCUGUCUCUCUCUCUGAUCUGGUCUCAUGCUAAUUAUGGCCUACUCUGGCUUGCACCCGUCAUACAGGUGGACACGAUGAAAUAGACGCUGACCAGACGCUGUCGAGGUACGUACAACGGUGAAGGUGGACACAGUGGAAUAGACGCUGACCAGACAGCGUGGACGUACGUACAACGGGGCGUGACUUGCACCGACGCUGCACUGGCCAAGUGGCCACUCGGUCAGUCCGUCGGAAUGAUGCAGCAGCAACAGCACACUGCACGCACAGCCAGCAUUAUACAUGCAUGACUGGCAAUACAGGUGAAAAAUCUCACUUUUCUGCUUUUCCAAACAUUUCAAAAGGCUAUUAUUAUCUUUUAGAAAGUAUCAUCCCUUCUAAAUAAUUGCUUGUAUGUUCGAUGAUUAUUGUGCCAGAAGCCAAAUCAACAAUGUUAUCCAUCAUUGCGAGAUGACCAACGGCCGCGACUGAUUAACAAAUUCCCUCAACUCAAUGGAAUGCAAAAUAUUAAGGCGAUAUCGUUGAAUGCACCUGUACCGUUAAUUGGAUAUCGUAUUGCCACUACAGGGAUGUGAGAAUGCGCGCCGGGAUGUUGAUUGUGUUGUUAUCGUUGUUGUUGUUUGGGGGAUCAUGUGAUGCAGCCGCGGUGAAUCUCACCCAGCAUCAUGUAGCAGGUACGGGAAGAUAUUUUCCUGUUCCUCCCAGUAACCUCCUCAUUCGGCCCUCCUCGCACAAUUCCGACCCCAACAGCCACCGCCUCCCUUCUCCCGUCGGCCGGCAACGCAGCCCUGCCGGCCCCACCCCCACUCCAUUCCCGCCUAGCCCGCGCCCAUCCGCCGCGGCUGACCUUGAUCUCCUUGACCCCUCUCAAGCCCCGCCGGACACCCUCACCCGCCACGACCUCCUCCACGAAACCCUCCUGCCCUUCCACAACGACACGCUGCGCGCCGCCGGGGCCAGCGCCGAGGACCUGGCCGUCGGCAGCGGAGACGGGGAGCUGCCGGAUGUAGUCAGCCAGCAGCCGGACGUCUUCACCGUCGCCCACACCGACGCCUUCGGGGACAGCGGCGGGAUCACGCUGACGCCGCUGGAUCCCAAUAGUUUCCGGGCGGGAGUGUCCCAUUCCCCGGCGGAACACCAGAAUUCCAGUCACGCAGGGUUAACCGAUGCGCCCACCACCGCGUUCAUCCCGGAAAUCGAGGAACUGACCUCCGCGGUCCCGGAGACCUUUCCGGAAGUCAACGAGACCCUUCCGAACCGGGAGACGAACUUCCUGCGCGGUGUUUUCGAUCCGGAGGCCCCUUCUGACCACCACAAUUCAUCGGAGGUCUUCGGGCAUUUGGAAAAAGACCCCUUGAAGAUUGUGACCUCCCGUGUACACAACGAGACGUCCCACCUCCCGGAAUCCAACACCUCCCGAGUGUUUCCCGCCAAAACGACCAACAACUCCAUGGCUAUGUACCAGCUCCGCGAACACCGGAUUCUGGACGCCGCGACCCCCGAGAACGUCGACAACACCACCUCCCCCUGGAAAAUAGCGCUGCUCCCGGAAGAUCGCAACCCGGAGGUGGCGGAACAGGGUCCGGAGGCCCAUCCCGAGGGCUGGACACCCUUCACCAUCCCGCACUCCAAUCUCCCACAGUUCCUGUUCUCGACGUUGAUGAUGGAGCCGUUGGCGAGCUCCACGGAACCCACUCACGUGAUGACGACGACGGAGGGUCGACGGUUGGCGACGAUCGUCGAGGAGGACCUGACGACCAUGGAGACCACCACCGCGACGACGACGACGACAACGGAGAGUACCACAACGACCGCGACCACCUCGACGACGACGCGGACCACCGGGAGGGUCGUGGCCAGCACGGCGCGGGAGACGACGCGGCCGCGGCCCAUGAUCUUCUGGAGUGAUAAGCCGGAGACCGGGAAGGCGGCGAAUGCGUUGUUUGAGGAUGAGGGAUUGGCCGGAAGUGAAGCGCAGGGCGUAUCGGCGAAAGACACACUGGAUUAUAUUCCGAAACAAAAUCUCUCACGCGAUGCACUGGACAAUCUCAUUACCAUCCUGCUGAAAUAUGUCGGCCAGCCGGAGUUCGUCUUCGACGCGACGGCCAAGAAACGUUUGGCCGAGAUGGUCUUUUGGCCGAUUAUCUACGCGCCCUCCUCCAGCAACGUCAGCACGACCUCGCCCGACGUCGUGGAGGAGCACCGCAUGCAUCCGGGGGUGCUGGAGACGGAGCCGGUCCCGUCGACACCCUGGCCGGUGCUGCGCUUUAUUGCGCCGUCCCCGAAGCUCCUGGAUAGCGAUUCCGCCGCCGCCGCGCAGAACGGGAAUGUGUGGCUGGUGACAGCGUACGCGGUGUACAAGGACACCGCAACAAAUACGGCCACUGUAAUGCCCCGUGCCCGGCUGCUUACCCUUGUUUACGAAUCCGAGCUGAAGCUUAUGCAAAAGAUGAGCCUGCAGUUGUCGCGCGUGUACCCGGGCAUCCCCAGCGGGAUCCUGAGCCUGAACGAGACGAAGCCGGCCGACACGGCAUACCAUCCGUUGUUCGAGCGUUUCAGCAGCCUCUUCAUCCCGCUGAUCGUGCUGGCGGCCAUCUGCGUCUUCGUCGCCGUCAUCACCGUCGCCUGCCUGGUCAAGAAAGCCCAGACCGCCCGCCACGAGCAGCACCUCAAGGACACCCACGAGAAGAUCCUCCGCCCGCUGGACGUGAUGGGCGUGGACAACCCGAUCUCCGACGAGAUGAUGAAAGCCGGGGAACUGCGGCCGCACUCCAACGGCACGGGGCCCCCGGGGGCGGGCGCCGGGCCCGGCCGGCCAGUGAAUAAAUCCAGUGUGGCGCCGUUGCCGCCGCGCGGCGCCCCGCACGCCAACGGCAGCGCGUUAAGCGCCAAGGAGAGAUGUACGAGACCGAGGGAUGGCCCAUUGAUCCGGCGGCCUAUGCCGUUGCUCACCGGCGCACCCACGACGAAGAGGACACCAAACUGUGAACCCCGGGAAGCGCUUUUCUUCUGUCACAUUCAAGAUAAAUUCUCGUCGUGCGUUACGCCUCGGGGCGGGGGUCUGCGGUUGAUAUGAGCACGGGAUAUUUUUGUUAUGCGUGGAAAUGCACCGCGGGUUUUUUUGCAGCUAACGUGUUUGGGGACGGGUUUUUUUAGUAUUCUGGAUUUUGGAUAUGCACUUUUUACAUUUUAUUAUAGUGUCGACUGUCUGUUUUGCAUACGUCAGCUGGAAAAACGACGCAGUUACAAAGAUAUCGUUUGCAGAUUCACACCGCUAUUUUUUAAUGGAAAGUUGGAAACUGCCAAAUACAUCAAAUACUGUAUUUUCACGAGUUUAAGGGACACAAAACCCCUUUGGACCGCCCGCACUAGGU